AUGUCCAAUCUAGUUUUUGAUGGAUCAUUGCCUGCUAAGAGAACAAUUUGCUUCCCAAAUCUAAAGAUCUUGACAAUGAAACGUGUAACGUUUUCGGAUGAGUACUCAAUCCAGCAGCUUCUGUCUGCUCCACCACUCCUUGAGAAGCUGGAAUUACACAACUGCAGCUGGGGGGAUCUCAAGGCUGUGACUAUUUCUGCUCCCAAGCUUCAAUAUCUGAGCAUAAGGGAAUAUGUGAGCAUAAGGGAAUAUGAGAGACGAAGAUCAAGCAAUGGGGAUGUUUGUGAGGUUAUGAUUUUUGGAGAGUCUCUCAAAGAAUUUUAUUACAGGAGUCUUUUCGGCCACUAUUGCUUAUAUAACUCAGUCUCAUUGAAAAAGGCAGAGAUUUUUACUUACCCUAAUCAAUCAAAACAAAUUGCUCAUCACAUGUAUAAGCUUCUUGCAGGGCUCUCCAACGUAGAAUUCCUACAACUUUCAUUUGCUGUGGUUAAGGUUAUGGUAAUAUAUGGGAAAGAACUCGUACCUCAGAUGCCUAUGUUCAAUAACCUGAUGGAUUUGGAGUUCAUUGGAAUGUCAAUAGAUAUUCAUUGUGCAACACUACUGGUGUUAUUGCAAAAAUUUCCUUGUCUUAAGACACUGAAAUUUUCUGAGGGGAUCGUUGCUAAGUCAGAUGGAAUAUUGAAUCCAGUGCCUCCAUGUUUCUUGUCACAACUCAAGUGCAUUAAAAUUGAUAAGUAUGGUGGAUAUGAUCAUGAGCUUUCUGCAGUAAAGAUUUUGCUCGAUAAUGCAAUUAUGUUGGAUGAAAUAGUUUUAACUUGCUCAGAGCGUUUUGCAAAGGACUCAGAGUUGCAAAAAGAGUUUUAUAAACAGUUGAGAGAGCUCCCUAAACGGUCACACAAUUGUAAAAUGGUUUUGAAACAACCCUUUCCUGAUUUCAUACUCUAG